GCUUGGCUCAGUAGCUUGUUAGCAGGUUGCUAGCUACAGACAGUCACAGUGACUCUACCAGGAGGACAUGUCUCUCCCGUUAUAACAACACAACCUGAGGACUCCGUGUUUACACACAAGCAGGACUAACUAACUAACUAACUUUUGGUCGAGAUGACGACGCGGUCGGAGCGAGAGAAAGCUCAGAAACUGAACGAGCAGCAUCAGGUCAUCCUGUCUAACCUGCUGAGAGAACAACACAACAAGUUCUGUGCUGACUGUGAGGCGAAAGGUCCUCGAUGGGCGUCAUGGAACCUCGGGGUGUUCAUGUGCAUCCGCUGUGCCGGCAUCCACCGCAACCUGGGAGUCCACAUCUCCAGAGUCAAAUCUGUCAAUCUGGACCAGUGGACUCCUGAGCAGAUCCAGAGUAUGGUGGACAUGGGCAACAACCGGGCCAAACAGCUGUAUGAAGCCCACCUACCAGAGAGCUUCAGACGGCCACAGACAGACCAAGCAGUGGAGGUCUUCGUCCGGGACAAGUACGAGAGGAAAAAGUACCUCGACAAGGAGGCCCUGGCUGCAGCUCCACCGAAGUCCUCUGAAGCUGCUCCUCCCUCCACCUCGCCGUCCUCCCAGGCUGACGGGAGCAGACAGGAGAAGGAGCGUGAAAAGAAAAAAGAGGAGAAGAAGAAAGAGAAGGAUGUUGAUAAAGUGGAGAGACACAACAACACAAAGCAGUCAGAGUGCAGAGCCAAGGAAAGCACAGAGCCGUCCGUGGACCUGCUGGGCCUGGAUGCUCCUGAUUGCGGUGUAAGGGGUCCGGGUGGUGCUGCAUCAAUCAACGAUGACCUGGACAUCUUUGGACCAAUGGUCUCCAACCCUCUCCCCUCUUCCAACAACACACAGCAGUCUGGUUCCAGUACAGCACCUCCACAGGCGGACCCCUCCACCUCCUCCUCCGCCUCCUCCUCCACCUCCACCACCACUACCACGAAGGCCGAGGAGAAGAAGCUUUUAUCUAAAGACUCCAUCCUGUCUCUGUACGCCAGCAGCUCAGUGGCCAGCCAGCCGCAGAGCCAGCAACAGCCUGCUCCAGCAGGAAUGUACGUGGGCCAGCCUCAGUUCACUCCGCAGGGUUUCGCUCCGGGGAUGGCUGGAGCCGCCCCCGCUACCACCAUGAUGGGCGGAGGAGGGGCCAUGAUGUCCGGCGUGGCUCUGCCCAACGGCGGCUACAUGGGCGUGCAGCAGCAGGGCGUGAUGCCAGCCAAUCAGGGUCAGAACAUGUACGGCAUGCAGCAAGGACAACAGCAAGGACAGUGGAACAUGAGCCAGAUGACCCAGCAGAUGUCAGGCAUGGUUGUGAGUGGCGGAGGGCCGGCAGCGGCCACUUUUAGCCAGUCAGGGGCCCCCGUGGCUGGCUGGCCCGCGGCUCCGCCGGCGGCUUCCGGCCAGACCCUGAGCAAUCAGCUGUGGAAGUGAUGAGAAAGAGGUCCAGAGGAAGAGUGGGAGGCAGUCAUAUGGCAACAACUGACCCACCCAGCUCUGAAUAAUAAAACGCACAGCGGGGGUAGUUUGACUGCCAUCAAUGCCCCCCCAAAGCCCUACACACCUUCACCAUGAUUCCUUUAAAAGACAAGAUGACAUCACACUGGAUGGAGUGGGAAAAAAAGAAAGUCUGGCAGCUGUCGUUCCCAUCUUUAUUCAGCUUACCUUUUUGAUUUUGUUGUUGUUGUCUGAAGAAAAAGACAAAAACAGCAGAAAAGAAGCUUCUGGACCAAUAACUCCAGGUGUCUAUUAUAGUAUAUUAUAUCAUUACCCAACUGGA